AUGCUCUGUUACAAGACAAUGCCUAGGGUUCAGACCAGCUUUAUACCUCGACCAUUUCGAGCACAGCAAAAAGGCUACGCACCAAUCCCCGCUCUUUCGCUCCCUUUCUUCCUCGAAUACGCCAAAACUUCUCGAGCAAGGUCCAAAACGAGCCAUCUUCGACGUCUCAAGCUCUAUCCAACGAGGUCAAACCUACAGGCCUGGUGGAACAUGUCCUGUAAGACCAACCAAAUAAACACAACUAGAGGGAUGGAACAAGAGGCUGACAGCAGCUUACAUUACAGCACAAGCAUGGAUCAGAUCGUGAGCUGGGCCAGGAACGGAUCAAUGUGGCCUCUCUCGUUCGGCCUCGCAUGCUGCAGCAUCGAAAUGAUGCACGCCUCGAUGCCGCGCUACGACCAAGACCGCCUCGGCAUCAUCUUCCGCGCCUCGCCCCGCCAAGCCGACGUGAUGAUUGUCGCCGGCACCGUGACGAACAAAAUGGCAUCGGCGGUCCGGCAGUGCUACGACCAGAUGCCUGAUCCGAAGUGGGUUAUCAGCAUGGGCAGUUGUGCGAAUGGGGGAGGGUACUAUCACUACAGCUAUAGUGUUGUCAGAGGCGUGGACAGGAUUCUACCGGUCGAUAUAUAUAUCCCGGGCUGCCCUCCCACUAGCGAGGCGCUGUUGUAUGGCGUGUUUCAGCUGCAGAAGAAGAUUCGGAGAACGAAGGUUACGAGGAUGUGGUAUCGGAAAUGA